UGGUUGUGUUUCCAGCCGUUUUGACUUUUCACUUCGGAGACAAACUGGAAAAACGAAACUGAAAGAAACCCCCCACUUCAUCUGUAUUUAGAGAGAGAGAGAGAGAGAGACCCACUUCAACUUUGUGUUUCUCUUCCAUUACACCCAACUCAAAAUGGUUGCUAAAACCCCACCAAAGCAGAGGAAGAUGGUAGCCCCUCUCAAUCCAGCUCUGCUUAGAGAAACAGUGAAGAAGGUGGAUAGGUGUAUGGCUAGGUUGCAGGAGCUACAGUACACAGUGACAGGUGGGACGAAGGUGAUCUCGGGAGUGAGUCUCAGCCCGAGAAGUACUAGAGCUUAUCUGAGGACUAGUCUUAGAUGCAAACAAGAAUCUGCAAGGAUUAAAGGUUUGACGCCGAGGAAAUCUCCGGUGGGGAAGUUUCCGGCUGGGAAGUCUCCGGCAAAGUCAGCAGGGGAAUGGCAGAGAAUGUCACUGCCGGCAAUGCUGCUCAGCGAAACAGUCGGAGAAAUUCUUCAUUCAAGUCAAUUUGCAAGAGAAAUAGUAGCAUCAGUCCCCAAGAAAACCACCAUAGAAGACCCCAAAACCCCAAUGACCCAACAGAGGAAACAGAGACCGCCCCCUGAAAACACAGAGCUCAGGGCCAGAAGAAAGAAGGAGAAGCACAACAAAUCUCAAUCCAACCGAUCAGAAUCCGGCUCCCCGGUGCUCCAACGAGCCCGGUCCCGAAUUAACUUCAAGGUUUCUCCUCCUAAGAAGAGAGAGAUAGAGAGAGAGAACACCAGAUACUUGGCAAACAGAGUGUCUCCCAAAAACAGACCAUGGGCUAAAAAGAGUGUAUUGUUUCCCAACCCUUUGUUUUCGGCCACAGAUACUUCACCUCAGCAAAAGAAGUUUUGUAGAACAAGGUCACCAAUGAUUGGAAGAAGUACUAACAAUACUAAACCUCAGACUCAGCAGAUUCAGACUCCACACAAGUUCUUGAUCAAGUCUCCAGCUUCGGCUUCAAAGUUCCAGGUCAAGAUUAAGAGCCCUCCAUUGGUUUCUUCUCUUUCGCCAAAUAAGGCCAAGAAGUCUCCGAAGAAAUCUGCUGUCUCGAAACUGCGGCGGUCAUUUUCUCCGUCGAGAUUGGCUACUAGAUUGGUGUCUCUGUCUCCAUUGAAGAGCAGGAAGAGUGUGCAGAAGAGUGAAGGACUAAUAAUGCCGGGUUUGAAACAGCGUCCAACUUCCUCAAUGCCACUGGGAGUUUCAGCUCGGAGGAAUUAAACAUGUUUGAGAUUACAUACUUGUAUGGAUUGGUUUGGGUUUUGUGAUUGUUUGAGAUCAAUAUAUGUCAAUAGUUUCAUUGAUUAUUUGUUUAUGGGUGAUGUGAAUUUGUUGUCAUGUAUAAGGUGAAAAAUUCAGUAACUCAUAGGGGACUAUUUCUGGAAAAAUCUUACCUUGUUUGAAUUAUA